AUGCCACUGCUCGAUUCCCCCACGCGUCGCGUGCUCGGAGACAAGCCUACCAACACGCCCAUCUACAAACAAAGCCUCACAAAGCCAACAAAGGACAGUCAUGUCUCACAUCAGAACCAGCAGAGACAGUCUCAGUCAGUCAAGGCCGGGCUAAAGCGAAGCAUUGAAGAGGUGGAAGAUGCAGAGCGCGUCGACUCAGACGACUCGCAGCGGUCCACUGGCACGCAGAUACUGUCAUUUCUGAACGACGCAGACGAGGACUCGUCUGCCGACAACGCAGCCAGCAUGCUAGUCCGGCAGUCCCAGCAGGAAGCGGCUCCUGUGGAGACCACAUUUGAGAUCAUCGAGGAAGCAGAAUUGAGCCAGCAUACACGCGAAAGCUUGAGUGCUGUACCUAUGCCGCAGAACGCUUCUCAGCCUACAGGACUACGACCGCUGUUACUACCAAGCCUGUCACAACUCAGUGCUGGCAUGUCCAGCUUCGUUGAUUUCGAUCAGUCCCAGCAGGACGACCUCAAACCACUGCCAGCUACAGAAGAAAGUGCCAUCCAGCAACCACCUGAGACAGAACAGCCCGAGGAAGAGAGCAUAGCAAAGAAGGCCGCGGCCCAGCUUCGCACCCGACUCCAACUCGCGAUGUACAAAGUGACCACCAAUCAGACCACCGUGCCCUUCUCACGCCUGAAAUCACCAACUUCAGCUCGCCGAACCCACUUCAACCACGACGACGAAGACGACGAAGACUACCCGAUGUCCUCGUCGCCCAUGCCCUCCUCCUCGCCCGCCGCACCCCAACGUCCCUCGCCAGAAACACGAAUUCACAUCAGGCGUGUCCAAGCCGCCAUGCAGGCUAAGCGGCCAGUACGAGAUCUAGCGACGUAUACAUGCCAUCAAUAG